GACUCCAGCGGGCCGUUUCCAUUCCCAUCCGAGAUAGGUUUCGCAAUUGCUGGCGACAGCAAUCGGUUGUGUCCCUUGGGGUGGGAGCAACGCAUACAAUAUGCGCUCUCUUACGAACUGGCUGAUUAUUGCGUGCGCUGCCCCACCACCUACAUUAGCACAGGAUGAUUCUCGUCCCAAGGAAAAUGUCGUCCUCGCAGAUUGUACUGGGUCGCAGAACUCAAGUCAAUUAUCAUCUGAGGUCUCAUACUUCAAUCACUCUCCAAAUGACCAGCCAAGUGACAUCGCACCCGUAACCGACGGGCAACAUCGCAAUUGGGCAAACACGACAACAUCGGCAUAUUUUACCGACACAGGGACGACAUUCAAAGCUGUACUGGGAGAGCGUGGCAACAUAGGCGACUACGCAGGAAUAGGAAACAACGGUUACGCGAACUUCUCUUGUUGGCAAAUGGAGUCAACGUACUUGUAUAGUCAUGACGGCAAAAACUGUUUUGCGGCAUACGAGUGCAAUCACCUGGCAUCCCCCAUCCCUAUCCCGUCAGCAUCACCUCCCGCAUCAUCAUCAUCAUCAACAGCAACAUCGACUCCGGUAGCUAGCUCAGGGCUAUCAGUAGGCGCUAUAGUUGGCCUUAGUAUCGGAGUAGCCGCUGGGGCAAUACUAAUUGCAGCUAUAGCUGCUUUCCUACUAUGGCGACACCGGCGUUUAAAGAAACAAAGUGAAGCCGCUGCUAGUCCCCAAGAUCCAAGGCUGGAGGCCGGUCAAUCCGGAACACCAAAAGGGCCACCACUAACGAAUACAAUAUGGCAGGGGCCAGGAGCGAGGGAGUUAGAAACACCACAAGUUUACCAUGAGCUACAUAAUAUUAAUCGCCCCGUCGAGAUUCAAAGUGUCCUUGUAAGAAGCGAGUUGGAUGGAUUUACUACAAGGGUAGAGCUUCAUUCUCAUGACUUACCUCCUAGAUAUGAAUUUGGGAAUCCGAUAUCCCCCGAAGCCUACGGAUGCAAUAAAGGGCCUAUUUAUCACGUUAAUGGCGUAGAAAGAUAGGAAAAGCGAAUUUCUAGGAUGGGUUUAAAAGGGGUUACUAUUCAAGGAAGUGAUUACUUCUAACGGGCACAUUAGUCUUCUAUGAGCACAGGAUUCUAGGCUAAGCUAAAAUGAUUUCGUAGGGGAAUUCACAGAUCGGCCUACAGUUUAGCGUGGAAUAUUGAGGGAGACUCAAGGGAGUAUACACUUCUAUCAGCGGUCUUCAUCGAAAUAUUUCACGGGUCCUAAACUGAUACAUCCAAUCCGCCUGGUCCUGUAACGGGUAACGGGAGCGGGGAUUUUGGUCAUGAACCGCCAGAAUGCCAACAUAUUCCCCAGUUACAUAGUCUGGGCCAUGAUUUGGGGGAAAGGGAUAUGAAAUGUACGUAGAAAUGAUCUCAUGAGAAUUGAAUCGAGAAAGCUCUCCAAGCAACUCCAAAAGCCCUCACUCAUGCCGUGUUACGCAAACCUUGGU